AUGAAAGCAAUGGCUUUUGUUCUCCCCCAUCUGCUCUUCCUUCUCUUCCUGCUCCUGCCCUUCUCUGUCAUUGCUCAAACUAAUGGUAACAUUAGUGUGGGUAGGACUCUCACUGCAGGUGAAGAGUCUGCUUGGUGGCUUUCACCUUCCAAAGAUUUUGCAUUGGGGUUUCAAAAACUUGAUAAUGAUCACUUCUUGCUUGCCAUAUGGUGUCACAAGAUACCUCAGAAAACCGUAGUUUGGUAUGCAAAUGAAGGCAACCCUGCUCCAAGAAAAUCAAAAGUAGAGCUAACCGACCAAGGCCUUCUGCUGAGACCCCCACAAGGAGAUCAACAACUAUUGACAGAAUUUCCAGCUGCUGCAAUAGCCUAUGGUGUAAUGAACGACACGGGAAACUUUAUGAUUGUUGAUACAAGUUUUAGAGUCAUUUGGGAGACCUUCAAUCAUCCAACUGAUACCUUGUUACCUACUCAGACAAUGGAGGUAGGUGGCUUGCUUUAUUCUAGACAAACAGAAACUAACUUCUCAAGGGGAAGAUACCAGUUUCAGAUGCUUGGUAAUGGUGAUGCUGUGCUCAACCCCAUAAAUGUUCCGGGUAAAUAUACUUAUGACGCAUAUUAUAUCAGCGGCAGUCGUGACGAAGCAAAUGAUACAAAUUCCGGUUACAAGGUCAUCUUUGAUCAGUCAGGCUACUUGUACAUAUUGCGAAGAAGUGGAGAGAGAUUUUUUAUUACAACACCGGGACAGGCACUCUCACCUACGAGGUAUUAUGUCAGAGCAACUCUCCAUUUUGAUGGGGUUUUCAUCAUAAGUUACCAACUGAAGAAUUCUACAACCAGUGAAAGCUGGAGUGUCAUCCACACUGAACCAGAUAAUAUUUGUGUGAAAAUAGAUGGAGAAAUCGGAACAGGGCCAUGCGGUUAUAAUAGUGUUUGUACACUUAAAGAAGAUAGAAGGCCAAGUUGCAGAUGCCCAGUGGGGUAUUCUUUAUUGAAUCCAACUGAUGAGUACAGUGGUUGCAAGGCAGCUUUCCUGCAGCAAGAUUGUGAAGAUGGUGGAGGGCAGGGUUCUGAAAGAGAUUUGUACUACAUGGAUGAGCUUCCAAAUACUGAUUUUCCAAGAGCAGAUUAUGAGUUGUUUACAUCUUAUAAUGUUGAAGCCUGCAAAACAUCUUGCUUGGAAGAUUGUCUAUGUGCUGCGGCUGUUUCUAGUGACAACAGAUGUUGGAAGAAAAAACUACCACUUUCAAAUGGAAGACAGGAUAGUGGAGUUAACGGUAAGACUUUCCUUAAAUUAAGGAGUAGUGGUUCCCUCCAAAGCCCAACUCCAUUACCUCCAAAGGCAAAGAAUCAGAACACUUUGAUCAUUGUGGGAUCAGCACUCUUGGGUAGUUCUGUGUUUGUCAACUUCAUAUUGGUUGGUGCAAUUUGUUUGGGCUUCUUCUACUACCAGAAGAAGCUCAUGGGAACUCACCAGGACAAAGCUUCAGCGGGAAGCAAUUUGCGCUACUUUACCUACAAAGAGCUCAUAGAAGCAACACAAGGGUUCAAGGAAGAGCUAGGAAGGGGAUCAUGUGGCAUUGUUUACAAGGGGAAAGCUGAUCACGCAGGAGGACCAGUACUUGCUGUCAAGGUGUUGGACAGAGUAUUUAACGACAAGGAAAAAGAAUUCAAAGCUGAAGUUAAGGUCAUAGGCCAAACACAUCACAAGAAUCUUGUCAGACUUCUAGGAUAUUGUGAUGAGGGACAGCACAGGUUGCUGGUAUAUGAGUACUUGAGCAGUGGCACUUUGGCAAGCUUCCUUUUCGGGGAUGAUGUCAAGCCCAGUUGGCAACAAAGAAACCACAUUGCAUUGGGGAUUGCUAGAGGGCUUGUUUACUUGCAUGAAGAAUGCAGCACACAGAUCAUCCAUUGUGAUAUAAAGCCUCAGAAUAUACUUCUUGAUGAAUAUUACAACGCUCGAAUAUCCGACUUUGGAUUAGCAAAGCUGCUCAAUCAAACCCAAGCUUCUAAAACAGCAAUCAGAGGAACAAAAGGGUAUGUUGCACCUGAUUGGUUCAGGUCUGCACCAGUCUCUGUGAAGGUUGAUGUGUAUAGUUUUGGCGUCUUGCUUCUAGAAAUCGUUUGUUGCCAGAGAAACGUGGAUGUGGAAGUUGGUGGUGGAGAGAGGGGAGUUUUAACUGACUGGGCAUAUGACCUCUAUAUGGAAGGCAGAUUAGAUGCUUUGAUUGAAAAUGACUUGGAGGCCAUGAAUGAUAUGAACAAAGUUGAGAGAUUUGUGAUGGUUGCCAUUUGGUGCAUCCAAGAAGACCCUGCAGUGAGACCUACCAUGAAGAAGGUUAUGCUGAUGCUUGAAGGAAUAGUUCAAGUUUCAGUUCCCCCAAGUCCUUUCCCAUUUAGUUCCAUUAGCUGA